GAGAGAAAGAGUAGAGCUCCACAUACCAAGAAUAUAUCAACAACUAAACCAAAACAUGGUAAUGUCAGAUUAUUUUGGGGAGGGAGACAGGGAAAACAACAGCCCAUAAGUGGAUCGAGAGCCCCAACAGCUCAAAGGCAUCACAGGCACGCGCAUCUCUCAGCUGGAGCGCAUCAUCUGUCCAUUCCGCCACUCACUCACCGCGCGCGAUAUGUAAAGGUGUAACGCUCAUAUGUGUGAUUUGUCCGUGUCCCGAGACCCGAAAUAUUUGGACAAAAUGCUUUCAAGAAGGUGGAUUGUUGGAGAUUUUGUAUGGAGGCAGCGGGACACCUCCCCAUAGUUCGGCGUAGAAUCUCUCUGAAGAGUGCGCGAGAGACCGACACAAGAGUUCCCGCGGCUCGGAUCGAGGACCAUCUGCUGAUUUUCCCCAACAAUCUGUGUCUUAGAGGGAUAACCGAUUCUCAAACGCGUCAGUUGCUGGCAAUGAGAGCUUUUAAAGCUUUUCUGGAUAACAUACUACAAUACCGCUGAACUACAUCACCAGGUGCCCCUGCUUAAUCUAUUCACUGGAUAACAAUUAAUACUGCAGAAUGUGUUCCGCUCCUUUCGGACAGCUCUCAGUUGCAUCUAGUGAAAUAUUUGCUCUGGACCACACAGGAUGAAAUGGACAACAGUACUGCAAUAAAUUAGCCAAAUUGACAUUCAUCUACAUACAUUUAUGUAUUCUGAUUAAAUCAGAAUUUGACAGACCGCCUGGCAUCAUACUGACAGUGUGAAGUCUGGAAUACAAGAAUAAAUGAACCUGAGUGGACAGACAGAGAAUUAACAAUAUCCAACAUGUUUAAACGGGGCUGUGGCCUGGAGUUCCUGCUGGUACUCUGUGGGCUGGAGCUCUCCUGGUCCUGCCCACGUCACUGCAUUUGCUACAUGGCCCCCAGCACCGUCAGCUGCCAAGCCCACAACUUCCUGUCCGUCCCGGAAGGCAUUCCUCCACACAGUGAGCGCAUCUUCCUCCAAAACAACAAGAUCCAUCGACUACUGCGGGGCCACUUUAGCCCUACCACAGUCACUCUGUGGAUUUACUCCAACAAUAUCACAUAUAUCGAACCAACUACUUUCCAAGGGUUCACCUUGCUGGAGGAAUUGGACCUGGGAGACAAUCGCCACCUACGUUCACUAUCUGCAGAAACCUUUCAUGGGCUGGGCCGGCUCCAUGCCCUCCAUCUAUAUCGCUGUGGCCUCAGUGCAUUGCCGAAUAACAUCUUCCAGGGUCUCCGCAAUCUCCAGUAUCUGUACUUGCAGGACAACCAUUUGGAGUAUCUGCAGGAUGAUCUUUUUGUGGACUUACACAACUUGAGUCACCUGUUUCUUCACGGGAACCGUCUGUGGAGCCUGUACCAAAAUACGUUUAGAGGACUGGGGGCUUUGGACCGGCUGCUACUGCACCACAACCAACUUAAGUGGGUGGACCGCCUGGCAUUCCAUGACCUGCAGCGGCUCACUACCCUAUAUUUGUUUAACAACUCCUUGACGGAGCUAGCUGGUGAGUGUCUCACCCAGCUGCCUGCACUGGAGUACCUUCGCCUAAAUGACAACCCUUGGGAGUGUGACUGUAAGUCUUUAUCACUGUGGGACUGGCUCAAAAAGUUUCGGGGGUCCACGUCAUCAGUGGGUUGCGUGGCACCGGCAGAACUGGCAGGCAAAGAUCUGAAGCAACUGAAGAACGAGGACUUCCCAAAUUGUUCCGGAUCUGAGUCCCUGCACCAGAGUAAGACUAAGACUUGGGCAGGAACAGAGAAAGUCUCACUGAAGCAGGAGCCCCAUCCUGCUCAGCCUCCACAAACACACCCACACCACCACCAACUGAAUGAACAAUACCCUUCCCCUCCCUCUCCCCUGCCCCAACCACCCCCUGCCAUAAAUGGUGUACAAGCAGGACCAGGAGGGUCUCCGGACAUGGUCCCUGCUCAGAGGCCCGGCCGGUCUCGAAACUGCACACGCCAGCGUGUCAGGGGCAGCAAGGGAAAAGGACCUAACGAGGUCCACACCUUAAAGGAGAUGGCGGAUAAGGAGUACUCCUCUCCCGAUUUCACAGGGAAAUAUGAUGAAACAUCUGCUGAUGGUUCAAACACCCGCAGAAAGCACAAAUGUACCCCCAGGACCUCUGUGCGUCCCCCUAGUGGGGUCCAGCAAGCCACCAACUGGGGACACUCUCAUCAUACACAUUUCUUUCUUUCUAGUAUUCUGGCACUGCUUGUACUCAUUUUGCGCUGAACUCUGAUGCUGGACCAUCAAUGCUCCAGCAUUACCAGGCCUACUAAUGUGUGUGUGUGUGUGUGUGUGUGUGUGUGUGUGUGUGUAUGUGUGUGUGUGUGUGUGAGUGAGUGAUAAUGUGUACUACAUUUUAUGAGGAGCUUUGCCAUUUAGACUGAAAUAGAUGAAAACUGAACACCGGAUGAUAUAAAUUCCAAAUUUGGGUUGGGCAAUAAGAAGAAUAGUGAAGCAAACCAAACAUGCUUGCACUGCCACUGCCACUGUUGUUGUUGUUUUUUUUUCUUUUUUUCAUUGUUCUGUUUUUUUAAACAAGAACAAUUACAAUUACUAAAUGUAAAACAAUUUUAAUGAAAGAAAGCACAGAGAUGACCAAAUAAAGGUGUAGAAAGAACACAUAAUAGGAGGCACAAGUUAGCAACAUAAAUGGAGAUUGUGUAUAAGAAGCAUAUCCUACUGCUUCAUUUUUCUUCAACAUUUCUAACAACAAAACAAACAUUCAGGAGACUAUCAAAUGGAACGGAUGCUCCUAAUUGUAUAAGUACUUCGCCCGGUGUUAAAUAUAUCACAUUAUUGCCAAAUAAAUGCACAAAUAUAUCGGUGUAUGUUCUCCUAUGUUCAGGAGUUUCAACCACUGGUAGGACUUGCUUUCUUCACUGUGGGGAUAUUAUUUAACCUCACAGAGUGAUGUGAAUCAACAAAUGUUGAAAGAAAAGAAAUGAAAAAGUGUUAUAAAAAGUCGUCCUAAACUCAAUAGCCAGUACAUGAGCACAUACAUUCUCCUUACCUCAGAAAUGUUAUAGCCUAUGUAGAACAUUAUUUUCUCUUUUUUUAUUACUUAUUUGUCAACCCCCCCACACCUUUCAAUAACUUCCUCUAAAAAGUGACUUCAGGUGAAUCAUUCUUGUUUUUGGAUUGUAUUGUUUUAUAACAGCACAUAAAAGCCAAUGGUUUUACUAGCUGCUAUAUUGUUCAUAGAAGCAAAUGAGACCCAUUUUACCUCAUCUGCUUCCAAAAAAACACCGUGUGUGUGUGUGUGUGUGUGUGUGUGUGUGUGUGUGUGUGUGUGUGUGUGUGUGUGUGUGUGUGUGUGUGUGUGUGUGUGUGUGUGUGUGUGUGUGUGUGUGUGUGCGUGCGUGCGUGCAUUUGUGCGUGUGUGUGUGUUCAGUAUAAAAAAGCUGUGAAAAAAAUUAGAGUUGUGUUUGUUUCAUGUCCUCAGUAUUGUUUGUUUUGUCUGGCUGUGACUCAGAGGACUUAGAAAUGGACUGCUGAUGGGGGGCCGACUCUGGAGGGGACACAGGUCUGAUUGAAGUGAACUAUAUUUUGAAAAGCGCCUUCAGCUUAAGCCCGCCAUUGAAAACAAAGACGCCUCUCUUUCUUAGAGUGGUGUGAAAUCAACAAGUUUUAACAAGACAGACAAGAAGAAAAGAAAACAAAUAUUAGAAAAAUACACACACAAAAACUAAAUGUAUCUUUAAGAGACUUGAUGACAAAAAGCACAUUUCAAAUAAAAAAGAAGACCUUUUGGAGUCAUGGGCCUGAUUGAAUGCCUCUACAGUUUCUGUAAAUGCAAAUAGGAGUCCAGGAGAGGGACAAUCACAUGAACACUCGGGACACUAUGGAUGACAGUCUGCUCCUGUUCUAAGACACACUUUGUAAAAAAAAAAAAAAAAAAAAAGGGAGAGAGAACUGUAUCAUCACAAUCUGCAAUGGAAAUAUUAAUCAGUACUGACACUGAUAUCAUUAUGACAUUUUUAAUCACAACAGGGUUCCUGAAUCACUGAAGAACCUCUCUUCAGAAUGCAAAUAUUAUUUUUAUUAUUAUGAAUAGAUCUUUUUUUUGUUUUUGUUUUUUUGUUUACACAUUUGUUUGUCAUGUCCGUAGGGCCCAAUUUUCAGACUAAACGGCACAAUCCGGUCUCCCCUCAUCCCUCCCUCUCUCUUCUGUGUCUCUCCAUCCAAGUGAUUUGAUGGUUUAACGAGUUGUUCUCAAAAAAAGAAGAAAAAAAAGAAAAGAAAAACAGAAAAAACGUUUAUAAAGAUAUUAAAAUCUAUAUCUUCUUAUGUUAAA